AUGCCAUCAGAACCAAAUACGACAGCAGCACCAGUAGAUCUAACGGUUGAUGAUGACCAAUCAACUAAUAGUGGAAAAAGUACCAGUUCAGACGCAAGUUCACCUACAAAAGAUGAAGCUCUUCAAGAUUUGAAUUCUCAAUCAGCGCAACCUCCAACUAAUGAUACACAACAAGCGCAGGACCUCACCAGACACCAAAGUGAACAAGAAAUACAGCGCGAUCCUCCACCUUUCCUGUCCAGGUUGAAAAAGAAAGAUGAUAGCAAGCAAUUUCAAAGGUUUCUCGACGUUCUCCAACAACUACACAUUAAUAUUCCCUUGAUAGAAGCAUUAGAGCAGAUGUCGAGUUAUGUAAAGUUUCUCAAGGAUAUUCUCGCCAAUAAGAGAAAGAUCGGGGAAAAUGAAAUGGUUGCGUUAACAUAUGAGUGCAACGCUUUGUUUAAAAACAACCUCCCCACUAAAAUGAAGGAGCUUGGGACAUUUACAUUGCCUUGCACGAUAGGAGGGAAGAUGGUCGGGAAUGUGUUGUGCAAUUUAGGGGCAAGCAUAAAUCUGAUGCCCUUGUCAAUUUUUAAGAAGUUGGAUAUCGGCGAAGCAAGACCAACCACGAUCACAUUACAGCUGGCCGAUAGAUUGAUAAAGCUUCUUGAGGGCAAGAUAGAAGAUCUCGUGCAAGUGGACAAGUUUAUUUUCCCGACAGACUUUGUCAUAUUGGAUUACGAAGUCGAUAGAGAAAUCCCUAUCAUCCUUGGUCGACCAUUUCUUGCCACAGGGCGAGCAUUGAUCGAUGUGCAGAAAGGAGAACUGACCAUCAGGGUCGACGAUCAAAAGGUAAAAUUCAAUGUAUUCAAUGCGUUGAAGUACCCAGGUGAUAUAGAAAACUACCAAUAUAUCGAGGAACUGCGGGAAGGACAUUGGCACGAACCCCUGAAGGAGCUAGAGGAAGAAAAUUGUGAAAUCGGUGCAAUAGUGGAGGAGGACUGUGCCGCAAUUCAUGUGUAA